AUGCCAGGCAAAAGUAAAAAGAAACGCAACAGCAAAGACUCCACUUCGAGUAAUAAUGGCAAUGGCGAGGAGGGGGAGAAAAAAAAAGAAGGCAAGAAGAAGAGCAACAGCAGCAAGGCGCUGGGAUGCGACAUUUUCAAUGAUGUAGCGAUGGAGAAUGCCUACUAUGUGUGCCACAAUGUGCAGGAUUUACUCAAGACGCGCGGUUUCGCUUGGCCCGAUGGGCAAAAGAAGAAGAAAAAGGGAAAACGUUAAGAAUUAUUAUACAGUUGCGGCAAUAUUUCCUUCAGCAUUUAAGCCACUAUAAUUAAAUUUGAUUAUUUAAAUCUCGUAAGCGACUAUUUUUAUUUCUAAUAAGUUUUUAUACGCUGCCGUUGAUUAUCUGCCGCAGCAAACGCGCCACCUCCUCCACCCACUCACAAACAAACAAAAACAAAAAAAAAUUAACAAAUUAAAUAGAAAUUCUAUUUUUAUGUCGAGAAAGUCAUUAUUACGUUCGUUUAGUUUUGAUAUCG